AUGAAGAAGAGCACGAGAGUCUAUGCAGGCGGCGACGCGGAUGGGAGCAACUCUACGAGUGCUGCAGAACGGAAGGCCAAGAGGAAAUUGGUCUCUAGACUAUCACACGAUAUCUCGACGGAGCAGUUGUUCUCUGACGAACUCAUCGACGGGAAGAUCGCGGACGGCGAAGAGGACGGGAACGACUCGGGCACUGACAGCGAUGGUCACCUCUCAACUGCUGGCGAAGCGGUCGGAGCAGCCAAACAGGGAAUGAUUUACCGUAUCGAGUCCCACUCGGCGUUGAGCUCACUGGAGGCAAAGUAUCUGCCAUCUACGGACAGCAUCGUCAAUGGAUCGAUGGAGCCGCGGCCAACUGCUCGGACACACAAGCUCGCUCCACUCCCAGGGAGUCCGACAGCUCGAAAUGCUGAAGCUGCCACGGGAUCGACUUUUCGACCGCCUGCGCUGUUCACGACGCUAGAAAUGGAGGAAACUCCAACGCAGCAGUCCCAUGUGUGCCUGCAAUGCAGUAAGAGUCGAGAGAUGCCACCGAUGCAUUGUGCUGCGUACAACGGACAUGUGACGUGUCUGGAGCUUCUCCUGCGAAAAGCCGAUGCAGAGACAGAAGCUCAAGGCAAGAAGAAGACGAACUGGCUGGACAAGAAACAGCGGACGCCUCUGUUCUACGCGUGUGCAGCGAAUCGACUCGAGUGUGGCGCUCUGCUGGCUCGUGAACGUCGCGUGUGGCUGAACUCUCCUGAUCGGCAAAUGGAUACGCCAGUGCACGUUUGUUGCUUCUUUGGCUGGCAUCAAUGUUUGCAACUCCUGUUGGAUGCUGGUGCUGAUCCACAUGGACGUAACGCGAAGGGCUUCAAGCCGUCCCACUUAGCAGCCACACCCGAGUGUCUUGAGGCUCUUUUAGCGUUUGGAGACGACCUGCUUCAAGGCGAUAAACUCGGUCGCUCGCCUCUAUUCGUCGCCUGUGCUCGUGAUCGUGUGUCGUGUGUUAAGUUCCUCUGUGCUUGGAACAACCAGUCGCGUUCGUGGAUGCUGGAGCUCGAAGAUGAACGUGGCGAUCGUGCUAUACAUGCAGCUGCAUGCAACGGCAGUACUGGGUCUGUGGCUGUGCUGCUACGCUACGGAGCUGAUCCAUUGAUGAGUAACACUCGAGGCAUGAGUCCGAAGGAUUUAGCUGUUGCCAACAAACAUCCGGACUGUGAAGCACUGCUCAUCCAGGCUGAGAAUGAACUCGCAGCGAGCGCUGGCUCAUCGUGGCUGGCACCUGCCAAUGCAGUUGAUAGUGAAGGUAACAAUGGCGAAUCUAAAGGUGAAGGUGAUUGGAUCCAGUGCUGGGAUAAUGUCAGUGGCCAGGCCUUUUACUACAAUAAUCUCACUGGCAAAUGCCAAUGGGAAGCUCCGACUGGAUUCGAGGCUUUGGAACAGCCACAACAAGGGACGAGUGGGCAACAUUAUGAUCAAUACUCAGAGGCGUCUGGAGAGACCGAGGAUGGGAAUGAGGAGUAUGUGUGGGUCAAGAAAAAGAAGCAGACGGUCUGUGUCGUAAGUGGUCGUGAGACGGAAUGGACAGCAGUACAGGAUCCAGCCUCGAGAGCUAUCUACUACAAGAACAUUCGAACGGGUCAGUCUCAGUGGGAAGAACCGGAUGCAGUUCGAGAGCUCGCGAGUGCUGCUGGUGCGCGUACAUCUCAAGAAGCCUCGCGGGUGUGGGAAGGUCUCGAUAAGUGUCGUUCUGCUCUGGCUGCUGCGAUAGCACGUGAGAAGCGUAGACAGCUUGAGGCCCAUGAACAGACUCUGCUACAGGCGAGGCUGUACGUGCAACAACGUCGAGAAGAUAUCGCUAAACGCGAGGAACAGGCUCGACUGGCUCAACUGCUCCCUCGCUCGUCUUUUGUGCGCCGUAAGAAGCAGUCGAUGAUGAUGAAGGUGACGACACACAACCGUCAAGCCACCACCACCACUACUACAACCACUGCAAGAGUGAUAGGCAAGAGACAGUCGAGUCUUGAUGAAGUCUUGAACGAGAAUGAUGACACCAAUGGAGAAAGCGAAGAAGAAGAAGGAGGAGCUGAAGCUCGAUUGGAGGAAAUCUGCUCCAACGAGCCAGCGUUGGACAUGUUCUUAAGCACUUACUUGAAGCUACGUGGCGUACGUGAUCUACAGGUCCUCACGACUGAGAAACGUUUGAGCAAUUGCCUGUUCCAUUACUACGUGGCUCUUGUGGACCCCGUGCAUCAACGUGGCAUGAGUAAAAGUCAAUUCCGUGUCGUGUUGAGAGAUAUGAACGUGAUUCCAGGGGGAGCGCCAGUGUCGUCUUCUUCUUCUCUGGUAUCAUCUCGAAAUGGUUCUGCUGCUGCACCGCCUCUGAAACUUCACGUGACUGAUCUCAUCUUCUCUCAAGCUGAACGCACCAUCGCACACGAAGAAUCACCGACUCAGGCGUCACGAAUGGUCCAUCGUCAGACGGCGCCGUUAGUUGCUGGAGGAGACACACACUUGAGUCUGAGUGGGUUUACAGCAGCGAUGCUCAUCGUGCGUGAACGGGUCGUGGCACAGGCAGAGCUAUCGAUGCAGCAAGCGGGUGGAGAAGACCCCGAGAUCGACGACGAUGAAGAAUGGUUCAUGCUGCGUUAUCUCGUGCCACUAUCCCUACGGCUUGGAGCUCGGCUAUUGACACAGAUCCGACGCUGUAAAGAGCUCGACCUUCAGCUUUCGAGCUCACAGGAACCUACAGCGGUGGCUGCCCGUCAAUUACUGGCAGCUAAUCGAGCAGCUUUGCAAUUGUUGCAUCGUCACUACUCUCGCCGUGACCUUCAUGCGGAUAUUGAUGAUGGUAGACCGAUCGCUUCGACUCCUAAAGCCCCAGCAGUGUCACGUCGACUGACGAUACUGACGUUCCGAGGGUUAGCCAUGUUCACGAGUGAUUUCAACUUAUUAGCACCAGGUUCUGGCCUCCCGGCGCUGCAUUUUCUACUGGAGGCGGUUAACUGGAUCUCUGGCAGUGCACAUACAGAAGUGGUCUCCUUCGAAAAGUUCCAGUUGCUGUUGGUGAUGCUGGCUGUGCUUCCGUUAUCUGCGCCUAAUGUUAAUCUCUGGACUUCUAGAAUUGGUGAAGGUGACAGCUCUGGAGCGUCUCAAACUACAUGUAGUUCUCGGCCUCUUGUCGAACCUUUGACUGCGUUUUUCACAAAUUUAGCUUCUAGUCCAGCGCUAGUUCGUGUUGCAGCGGAGUCAAACAUCGGAGGUAGCGAUGAAGGCUCGGAUGAGUCAGCACCAACGUUGACUUCUAGUAACCCGCAGUCGCUCUUCGUGCUUGUGGUGGCUGUAGACGGAGGGAACCAAGAGUAA